UUCUUGUGUCAACCGGAGGCUUGACUUUCCACUUCACAACCUUUCCCGUCAUUUCUUGACACGGAAACACGCCUAUACGCCUGAAUAGGCGCACUCUAGUCCCGCCUUACCCUUCCUCCUCCCAACAUCGGCUUGUCUUGUCCUUCGCCUCAGGCUGCCGUCAAGCCGUCAGCCGUCUCUGAGUCUUUCGCAAUGGCCAGUCUAAACGCCGUUCUACUGCCCAAGGCGGCAGCUUCCCCCGCAUCCAUCCCGGCACUCGCUCCCAAGGCCCUCGCCAGCAAGUCUCACAUUGCGCAAUCGCUGCCCGUUAGGUCGCCCGCAGCGCGCGCCUCAUCGCACGCGCAGCUCGCGCCACGAUGCGUGCAAGCGGCCGAGCCGCCUCUGACGGUGCCUAAAGCGUCCUCGAGCGCGGCGGCGGAGCCGUGGUCGCCGGGGAGCUGGCAGACGCGCAAGGCGUGGCAGCAGCCCGAGUACCCGGACAAGGCGGCGCUCGCCGCGGCGCUGGAGGAGCUCGAGCGGUGCCCUCCGCUGGUGUUCGCGGGGGAGGCGCGCGCGCUGGAGGAGAAGCUGGGGGAGGCGGCGCUGGGGAAGGCUUUCCUGCUGCAGGGCGGCGACUGCGCGGAGAGCUUCAAGGAGUUCCGCGCGGACAACAUUCGCGACACCUUCCGCGUGCUGCUGCAGAUGGCCGUCGUGCUCACCUUCGGCGGCCAGAUGCCCGUCGUUAAGGUCGGCCGCAUGGCGGGGCAGUUCGCCAAACCGCGCUCCGACCCCAUGGAGACGCGCGGCGACGUGAGUCUGCCGUCGUACCGCGGCGACAACAUCAACGGCGACGCGUUCACGGCGGAGUCGCGCAUCCCCGACCCGCAGCGGCUGGUGAAGGCGUACAGCCAGGCGGCCGCGACGCUCAACCUGCUGCGCGCGUUCGCGACGGGCGGGUACGCCGCCAUGGAGCGCGUGAGCCAGUGGGAGCUCGCGUUCAUGGAGGACAAGGAGCAGGCCGGCAGGUACGAGGAGCUGGCGUCGCGGGUGGACGAGGCGUUGGGCUUUAUGGCGGCGUGCGGGCUGACGUCGGAGCAUCCGAGCAUGCGGUCCACGGACUUCUUCACGUCGCACGAGUGUCUGCUGCUGCCGUACGAGCAGGCACUCACCCGCAUUGACUCCACCACCGGCCUCUGGUACGACUGCUCGGCGCACUUCAUCUGGGUGGGCGAGCGCACCCGGCAGCUGGACGGCGCUCACAUCGAGUUCCUCAGAGGCGUCGCCAACCCGCUCGGCAUCAAGGUGAGUGACAAGAUGCCGCCACAGGACCUGGUGGAGGUGUGCCACAUCCUCAACCCCGACAACCGGCCCGGCCGCCUCACCGUCAUCGUGCGCAUGGGCGCUGAGAGGCUGCGCGAGAAGCUUCCUGCGCUGGUGCAGGCGGUGGAGCGCGAGGGGCUGGUGGUGACGUGGGUGUCGGACCCCAUGCACGGCAACACCAUCAAGGCGCCCAACGGCUACAAGACCCGCGACUUCAAUUCCAUCCGGGCGGAGCUCCGAGCUUUCUUUGAUGUGCACGAGGAGCUGGGCACGCACCCGGGCGGCGUGCACCUGGAGAUGACCGGCCAGAACGUGACGGAGUGCGUGGGCGGCAGCAAGGAGGUGACCUUUGACGACCUGUCGGCACGCUACCACACGCACUGCGACCCGCGCCUCAACGCCAGCCAGAGCCUCGAGCUCGCCUUCCUCAUUGCUGACAGGCUCAGGCGCGGCCGCGGCAAGCCCUCGCUCUGGCUCAAGGGGUGAAGCACGCUGGCAUGUAUGUAUCAUGGCUCCAAAAGGGGCACGUUUGACAAGGGAGUAGUAUACCUGUAGAGUUUUGGUAAAUUGCAGUCAGACAUGUCCACUGCAAUUGAAUUGAGCGAAAUUUAGGAUUUCUCAUUUCUCGCCCAUUCUCGUACCGGUCCGUAAUCUCUAUGCAAGAGUUUAACAGCGGGUAACUAUUUUUAUGUAAUCUGCACAAAUGGGGUGA